UCCAUCGCGUCGGUCUGCAUAAGAUCGAGUAUUGUCGCGCGCCGUGAGAGAGGCGCCAAGAGUUAACUUUGAUCUUUCAUACCUCACUGCUCAAAAUGUUGUGGAGUCGAUUUAUUUUCAUGUUACUGUUAGCGUUGGUUUCUGCGCGCCCAAGCCCAGAGCUCAGCUUAGAAGAGAUAGAAAAAGAACUUGAACAAUUGACUGCCCAGGAAAGUGAUUCUUCAGAAACAAAGAAGACGAGUGACCAGGAGGAUUCUUCAAAAAACACACAGCCUGAGGCUCCCAAGGAACUUACAGAUAAAGCAAGGGAAGUCUCCUUAGAAAAACUCGAGGCCCUUGAAAAGAGCGUGACAAACACUGAACAAAAAAAAGAUGAAACUGAGAGGACAGAAGCCGAAACAGAGAAGAAAACAACAGAUACCUCUGCAGAUGCAGCCAUGCUUCCUAAAAAGUCUGCCAAACCAGUUCCUGAGGAACUUACUUACCGUGACACUACUGACGCUGAUAUUAAAGGCGACUUGUCUACUCGUGGUCUCCCAAAACUAAGUUUUAAGGACACUGGAGCCUACAGAAGACUUAUGGAAACUAGGGAUCCACGGCUCCCGUCACUUCCUAAAUUACGUUCUGAUGACUAUAAGUACGGCUACCCAUCUCUCCCUAAACCACAUUAUUUCCCAGAGGCUCCCGCCAGAAGGACAUACGGCGGGGACUACAAGUACGGCCUCCCGUCUAAACGUAAACCAUAUUUCCCUGAAGCUCCUAUUAGGAGAACAUACGAAGGCAGCUACAUGUAUCGCAAAGCGUAUGAUGAUCCUCCACAUGAUUCAUCGUCCUGGAACCGAAGAGGAUUUUUACCCAAUAGCGACCCAAUCGAAGCCUUGAAAAGAGUCCCUUCUGGUAAGACCUUAAUCUGAGCUUUUA